AUGGUUACCACAAGAAGCGGGAAGAAGCUUAAGUUCAACGAAGAUGGAGAAUUAAGUCCGUCGGAAGACUACCAUACUGCUGAUGAAGUUCCUUCUCAAAGUGAGGCUUUAGGUGAAGAACAAGUUUCAGAGUCUGAGUCCAACUCAGGUUCAGAUUCCGACUCUGAUUCUGAUGAUGCACCUGAGGAAGAGUCGACCACGGGAGCGAGAAAAGCUGUUGUACUUAAACAGCGAGCCGAGGCUCAACGGGCACAAGAUUUAAAGAACAAGGAGAAAGAGAAGAGAAGACAAAUAGAUUUGAGAAACAAAGAACAACAGGAAUUAAAACGUGCUAAAGAACAAUCACAAGUACAAGAGACACAAACUUUAGAGCAAUACCAUGGCCAAGCGCUUCCUGAUUACUUACCAGAAGAUAUGUUUGACAGUUUGCAUGAUGAGGAAGUGGGCCAAGACCACGUAACAAAGCCAAAGACUAAAGGAACUCACAAAAAAUUCUCCGAUGACUUAAAGGAAAUGAAAAGACAACUCAAGAUGGAGAAAUUGAAGAAACUAAGAAUGGCCAAACACGAAACUGUUAGAAAGGGUCCAGUGCAUGUACAAGUAGCAUCUUUUGGAGGUAAAAGUAAGACCGUUCCUAAACUGGAAGUUAAAAUCUUAGACACAAGAGAGAAGUGGUUGAAAAGGAAGUCUGUGAAUCGGAAAUAA